GCGGGGAUGUGUCGCUGUGUGGGACGGACCCGUGUUUAAAUAAAAGACGGAAACGGACGAUGCUGUGAGAGAGCGUGGACCGGAGCUGUGAGAGCGUGUACGACUGAGCGAUGGGCGGGGCAUCUCCCCGGAGCAGGGACAUCGAGAGGAGGGCGUGGUACGUGAGGCCGGAGGACUUCACCCCUCCGUCUCCUGACUCCGCCCCCUUGUCGCGGUGGUGUAUCAGGGACUUGUGUGGGAUGGUGUGUGCCGGAAUCACCUGGUUUCUGGUGCUGUUCGCCGUGUUCGUGGUGAUGUUCGUCAUGCUGCUGCCCGUCCGGAGCGCCCUCUACAGUCUGAUCAACGCCACCGUGUUCAACGGCCUCGCCGCGCUGGCGCUGGCCUCGCACUGCCGCGCCAUGUGCACCGACCCCGGCGCGGUGCCGAAGGGAAACGCCACUAAGGAGUACAUCGAGAGUCUCCAGCUGAAACCAGGUCAGGUCGUCUACAAGUGUCCUAAAUGCUGCAGCAUCAAACCAGACCGAGCUCAUCACUGCAGUGUGUGUAAGCGCUGUAUCAGGAAGAUGGACCACCACUGUCCCUGGGUGAACAACUGUGUGGGUGAAAACAACCAGAAGUACUUUGUGCUCUUCACCAUGUAUAUCGCUCUGAUUUCACUACAUGCUCUAAUCAUGGCCGCGUUCCACUUCACCUUUUGUUUUGAGCAGGACUGGACAAAAUGCAGCAGUUUCUCUCCCCCGGCGACGGUGAUCCUCCUCAUCCUGCUCUGCUUCGAGGGUCUGCUCUUCCUCCUCUUCACCUCCGUCAUGUUCGGCACCCAGCUCCACUCCAUCUGCACCGACGAGACCGGUAUAGAGCAGCUGAAGAAGGAGGAGAGGAGGUGGCUAAAGAGGUCGAGGUGGUUGAACAUGAGGCUGGUGUUCGGACACCCGUUCUCCGUAGCCUGGCUCAACCCUCUGGCCACGCCGGAACACGGCAAAGCGGACGCCUUCCAGUACGUCGUCUGAUCCGGGCUGUGUCCCGAUCCACUGCAGAUAGUACACACGGACUGCCUUACUCUUUUACUUUCCCUUUCCUUUCUGAAUGAAUGAAUGGGUCGGUUCUGGAAGCCCACUCUCCUGCAGAGAUCAUUUGGAAGCUGUUUGUUUGUUGGUUCUGGUGCAUAUGGGGCGACAAAGUGCUUGAAAAUAUGCAGGACAGUGGACGCCUGUUCCAGCACGCUUAGAUCUGCAGCUCUUGAGUUCAGAAUCAGAGUGGCCGUGCCUGAGGGAGAGAAGAAUUCGACAGGGUUCUUCAUUUCCCUUGCAGAAAUGCGACCUCUGCUGGCUGCUUAAGUGGUGGAUGAUUCACAGAGGGUAUAGCGUGACUCUCCAGACAUGAUAGUGGGGGGUGGUUGCUGGACAGUGGGCCUCCAGGACCGGAGUUGACAAAUCAUGUCUUUGUGUAUCGCCUGGGAUGGGACGUGUUCCAAUCCACUACAAGAAGUGCAACAUGGGUUCGGAUUUUAAGCUCAGUAUUUUCUUGCUUGUAUUUUUACUACUUUUGUAUCGUUCAGCCCCUCUGAACAAGUCAGAGUGCGGUCAAGCUCGGGAUGUGUCCUAAUACAACACAGGAUAUGGACUCGGAUUGUUUGAUUCAGAGAUACAGCUGGGGAAUUGGAUAUGACUAGAUUGGGAGAAAAAGGAUAAACUGAAAAAAAUAAAGUGUAACUUUAAAAAAAGAAAGUUUACUUCGU